AUGGGUUUACAGGAUAAAGCCAUUUCUUAUGGCUCUAUGUUAGUGUUGUCGCUGCUCCUCCUUCUUCCUCUUCUUGCAAAGGGAUGUGAUAUGUUCACUGGACAGUGGGUGAAGGAUCCUUCCUACCCUCUCUACGAUCCUUCCACGUGUCCAUUCAUAAGACGCGAAUUCGGUUGCAAGAAAAAUGGACGGCCGGAUCUCGACUACCCUACCUUAAGAUGGCAACCACGGGGAUGCAAAUUAGCAUGGUUCAAUGGAGUAGAUUUUUUGCAGAAAAAUAGAGGGAAGAAGAUAAUGUUUGUAGGUGAUUCUCUUAGCCUGAAUCAAUGGCAGUCUUUGACAUGUAUGCUCAACUCUUCUGUUCCCAAGUCUCCCGAUACUAUGACCACAGAAGACACUAUCUCAACCUUCACAUUCCAGGAGUAUGGAGUUGAAAUAAAGUUUGAUAGGAAUCCGUAUUUGGUAGAUAUAGUGAGUGAGAAGAUUGGGAGUGUGAUGAAGCUUGAUUCUAUCAACGAUGGAAAGACUAGAGGUUUAGCUUAUCUUCAUGAGGAAUCAAGACUCAAGAUUGUACACAGAGACAUCAAAGCCACUAAUGUCUUGCUAGAUAAGGAACUCAACGCAAAGAUUUCGGAUUUCGGUCUUGCUAAGCUUGAUGAAGAAGAAAACACACACAUCAGCACACGAGUCGCAGGAACAUACGGAUACAUGGCUCCAGAAUACGCCAUGAAAGGUCAUUUGACAGAUAAAGCAGACGUCUAUAGUUUUGGAGUUGUGGCCCUAGAAAUCGUUCAUGGAAGAAGCAACACGAUCACACGUUCCAGAGUCGAGACCUUCAACCUUCUUGACUGGGUACACGUUCUAAGGGAGCAAAACAAACUGAUGGAAGUAGUAGACCCGAGGCUGGGAACAGAUUACAACAGAGAAGAAGCAAUGACCAUGAUCCAGAUAGGGAUCCUCUGCACCAGUCAAGUUUCGUCGGAAAGACCAUCCAUGUCGACGGUGGUGAGCAUUCUCGAAGGAAGUUCCACGGUGAAUGUUGAGAAGCUUCUUGAAGCUUCCUUCAACAAAGGAAGCGAGAAAGAUAACGAGAGCGUGAGGGCGAUGAAGAAGCAUUACGCGAUGAUAAAUGAAGAGGAGAUGAAUAUGUUGGAUCAGACUCUCAGAACCGACGGGCCAUUCACGUCGUCUUCUACUUCCACGGCCAACGCCAGCGAUCUUUACCCUCUUAAGCCUGAUUCUGCUUAUUGGAACUCUAGGGCUAUUUAG